AUGGAUACAAUAUUUAAAUCAGAAAUAGUAGAUUUAGCUAAAUCUCAAAGUAAUCUUGAAGACAAAUUGUGGAUUUUGUUAGUUAAUGGACAUAAUAAUCAAACUUAUGUAACUCAUAAUGAAAUUUUAAAUAUGGCUAAGGUCUUAAAAUUAGAUCUAUCAGAUAUAGAAGUUCAUGGUAUGAUAAAUUGGGCAAAGAAACAAUAUAGGGAAGAACAGGAAUUUAAGACAUUUAAUUCAAGCCAUAUAUCUAAUAGUUGUCUUAAAGAGAAGAUUAAUACUAAAGAGAUGCAUAAUGAUUCUAAAAUAUGUUGGGAAGAUGAUGAACAAAAUUCUUUAAAUAUAGAAAUGUCUAAUAAUAAGAAUAAUGAUAUUAGAUGUCAAUAUGAAUAUUAUAAAUCGUUUAAAAAUACUGAUAAUCCAUCUCAAAUAUCUUAUGAAGAGUUUUGUUAUAUUUGUGAAAAAAUAAAAUACAUAGAUAAUAAAAAACUGGAAAAAGUCAAUUUCGCAAACUUAAAGUUAUAA